AUGCAUUUUAUCGUGCUCAUCUUUUUUGCGUUGAUUUUCUAUACUAAUCCAAACAGGAAUCAAGUCUUUGGCUGUGAAUGCCCUGCAAAAGAUAAUAGAAAUUAUGUAUCUGCCGAUGCAGGUGACCUGCAGGCUAAUGGACAAUUGAAAUGUUGGUAUGUAGCUCAAAGUGGAAAUGCUCGUGGCACGUUGUAUUGUUUAUACCGAACUGAUUGCACAAUCGCCAUUGAUGGUGAUGGAGGAUUUUGCGUUUCUUCGACACCGACAACAAUAGUUGCACCGACACAACCAGGCAGUGGAGGAAAUACGACAACAACUACCACAACUUCAUCCAAAUGUCAAUGCCCUGCUACGGAUACCACGGGCACUGCACUUAUCGCCGGUCAGAUCCAAAGUGGUGCUUUAGCAUGCAGUUACUCUAUGAGCGACAACGGUUGUUGGUAUGAUCUGAAUACAUGCGCUCUUAUACAAGACGAACACGGAGGGCAAUGCAGCGGCAGCCAAACAAAUACGACAUCGACAACUAAUGGACAAACAACAUCCACGACCAUGAUGGGUGCUAUGACGUCAUCUACAACAACACAGAUGACAGCGUCAACAUCAACCUUGAUGAUGUCUACAGGAUCGACAUCAACCUCGAUGAUGUCUACAGGAUCGACAUCAACCUCGAUGAUAUCUACAGGAUCGGCAUCAACCUCGAUGAUGUCUACAGGAUCGGCAUCGACGUCAACACCAAUAAUGUCGGCAACAUCGACAUCAACAUUAUCGAUGACAACUACAACAUUCUCUAACGCAUCAUCAGCCACAAUUGUUUUUGGUAAUACAACUCAGUCUGCGGGUAUAAACUCAGGUAACAUUUGUCUUCGAGAUGUAGCUUAA